CUACACUCUCUGCUGGAGUUCAGAGUCCGCUCCGCGCACAGGCACUGAGUGUGAGUAGUUCUUUACUUCCAGUUUCCAUUCCACACACAGUCAGCCAAGCCAGGCCAGGCCAGCCGCAGCCAGCGCGAUGCGUCAGGGUUAUUGAUAUCGGCCUAGCAGUGAGGAAGGAAGCGUCCAUAGUCCGUGAGGUCGUCGGCGGUUUUCGGCGAAUUUUUGUGUGAUUGGCGGUGUGCGAUUUCGCUUAUCUGGACAUCUGUGAGGUGUUGCGUGUGACAUUUGAAGAUUGGAAUUUGAAGUGAUUGGGGGUGUACUUUGGUGAAGAGUUGAAUUCAAGGUGGUGAUCGAUUUGGUUGGAAGCAUAAAGACGACCCGACUGCAGCGAGGAAUAAGCAGAGGACAACGGCCAAGAAGAGGACAUAGGAGCGGAUCUUGGUCGUAGAAGAGAAUACGUGCUUGUUGGGUGCCUCAUGCUGCUACCAUCUAGCAGCAGCCCCUUCUGCAGUAAAGGAGGAACGAAUCUCGAGGGGUGAUACUGGGUAGUGUGUGCGUGUGCGUGUUGUAAGGCGAACCCAUCGCCGCUUGCUCACCAAGUCGUGUGAAGAGUGUGUAAAUACAAGAACCUGGCAUACCAUACGCUGUAGCAACAUGCUCAACAACCAACUGCUUUCGUGGGUGCUCCUCAGCGGAUUCGUGAUCGUGUGUUGCUCAGCUGGCACUGGCAGUUCAGGGGGUCGCACCGGUGGGGGUCUCUACAACUAUGGCGGCCUGGCUGCAGCCAACAGUGGUCCUCCAGCAGCUUCUUUCGGUCGCAGUAUGUCCCCGCAGCGGUUCUACAUGCCGGCUGGACUCGGAAACCCCGAAGACCCGAAUCGAUACCGAUCGACGACCCCCAGUCAACAGUCUACGGCCGCUCCCAAAGCGAACCGCAUCUCCGCCUGGGGUAUCAUCUCGAUCGUGAUGUUUGUGAUCAUGAUCGGCGCCGGAGCCUACUGGGGCUUCAUCUGCUAUCCGUUGGUGUGCAAAAAGGAACGAAACUACAACAUGAUGAUGAACAUGUCCUCGGCCACGACUGCCACCCCCACUAGGUCCACCGAGUUCGAGAAGCUCGAAAACUACUGCUCCAAAUCGACGACCUCCAGCCGGAGCAACGACACCGGUAUAAGCAAUAUCUAGAGAUGAUCGUGUGACCCAGGUCAAGGGGAUCGCCCCCACUACUACUAGGUGAUAAGCUCAAGAACCUGAAUUGUUCCAGCUACUUUUUCCACCCUCCUCCAGGUCGAGGUACAGACUUACGGAACCAUCUAGCUUUAGGACUGCUUAACGCAAAAUCAAUUCCAUUUGGCUUGCCAUACAAAAAUUACAAAUUUACACAGUGAAAAACAGCUCAAGUGAAGAACGAACGAUUGUGAGAAACGACUAGAUUUAAGUACGCGCUCGAAUUUCGACUUAGGAAUAACUGCUAAUAGACUGAUGAUGUUCAUGAUUUACUUAUAGUAUUACGGUUGAAGAAA